AUGAAACCAGGCACGUCUCCAGGGCCCGAUGAGAUGGGCAUCGAUCUUUUACGAUCAUGUCCGGAAAUAUUAUCUAGCACCCUGGGUCUAUUAUUUAAUGAGAUAUUUGAGUCAGGUUCGUACCCUACGAUGUGGACAAAGGCCCUCAUUGUACCAUUGUUGAAGAAAGGGUCCAAGGCAGUCCCAAAUAGUUACAGGGGGAUAUCUCUUUUGGAUUGCCUUGGGAAACUUUACUCAACAAUUCUAAAUGAGCACCUAAAAAGAAUUGUCAGAUUCGAAUAA